AUGCUCUGUUACGCUGCCAUGCUGCAGGGUGGCCUCUUUCUCCUCCUGGUGGCCACCAUGACUGCAGCCCAACAGAGGCGGCAGGAGGCCAAUGGUCGCUGGUCGCAUCGCAUCCAGCAUGGUCAGUGCAGUUACACCUUUGUGCUGCCUGAGCCUCGGCCCUGUCUGCAGGAGCCAGAGACCUUUGGGGGCUCCAACAUCCUCCAGAGGGACUCAGCUGCUAGUGCACUGCACUUGGGGGACUGGCGGGCUCAGCGGGUGCAACGGCUGGAGAGGGCAUUGGAAAACAACACGCGGUGGCUGCGGAAGCUGGAGAGGUACAUCCAGAUGAAUGUGAGAUCAGAGCUGGUGCAGGCCCAGAAGCAGCUGGUCCAGAAUCAGACGGCCACCAUGCUGGAGCUGGGCACCAAUCUCCUGAACCAGACCACUGCCAAGACCCGCAAGCUCACUGACGUCGAGGCUCAGGUGCUAAACCAGACGUCACGCAUGGAGAGCCAGCUGCUGAAGACCUCGUUGUCCACCAACAAGCUGGAGAAGCAGCUGCUGCUGCAGAGCCGUGAGCUCCACCAGCUGCAGGGCCACAACAGCAUGCUGGAGACUCGGUUGCAGGCCCUGGAGGCCCAAAAGCAGGCAGAGCUGGCAAGCCUCCAAGGUGAGAAAGAGAAGCUGCAGCACCUGCUGGGCCGCCAGAACAGCACCCUCAUCAGCAUCCAGCGCAGCUUGCUUGCGGCCAGCAGCAACUCCAGUCUCCUGCAGAGCCAGCAGCGCCAACUCUUGGAGUUUCUGCAGCGGCUGGUCAAAGAGAGGGGAGUAUCUUCUGCAUCAGCAUCCGUGAAGGCAGCUGAGCAAAAGUUCCAGGACUGUGCAGAGAUCCAGCGUGGCGGGGCCAAUAUCAGCGGCAUCUACACCAUCUACGUGGCCAAUGUCACAGAGCCCAGGAAGGUGUUCUGUGACAUGGAAACCGACGGAGGCGGCUGGACCCUCAUCCAGCAACGGAAAGAUGGCACUGAGAACUUUCAGCGGAAUUGGAAGGAUUACAAACAGGGCUUCGGUGACCCUGCCGGGGAGCACUGGCUGGGCAAUGAGGUCAUGCACCAGCUCACCAGCAGGACAGCCUAUUCAUUGCGUGUGGAGCUGCAGGACUGGGACGGUCAGCUGGUCUACGCCCAGUAUGAACGUUUCCAGUUGGCCAGCGAGGGGCAGCUGUACAGGCUUUCUGUGAGUGGCUACAAUGGUUCCGCUGGGCGCCAGAGCAGCCUGCCCCUGCAAGGUGCCAACUUCAGCACCCGUGAUGCAGAUAAUGACAACUGCCACUGCAAGUGUGCCCAGAUGCUGUCAGGAGGCUGGUGGUAUGACGCCUGCGGCCUCUCCAACCUCAACGGCAUCUACUACCCAGUACAACACCACCUGCGCAAGAUCAACGGCAUCCGCUGGCAAUAUUUCCGGGGCUCCAGCUACUCACUGCGUGCCACUCGAAUGAUGCUGAGGCCCGUGGGCGUCUGA